AUGAUGCAGCUUUAUCAGUCACUCUUCAUGGCAAAUGGUACUUAUUUUCCUGGCUUGGAACAUCGUGUCCUUCAGGAAUCUGACAUGGUUCUCAGCAUCACUGCCAAGAGUGUCAGCGAAGCAAGAAACCUUUGGAGGAUGUCGUUUGAUAUGUCUUCAAUAUCCACCAACACCGAGCUCAAGCUAGUGGAACUCCGAGUUCUUCUUCCUUCUUUCGGAAAGGCAGGCAAUAUCACAGUGGAGAUAUACCAUUCCAAGCAUGGUCAUGACAAGCUCAUCAUGGGGUCAUUCAUGUCAAACCUUUCAGCUGCAAAAGGCAACUCGUGGAAGAUUUUUAACUUGACCAGAAUUGUCCAAUACUCCAUCCACCAUGGGGAGUCAAUGCUAAAUCCUGAUUAUGUAGCAGCAGAGGAAAUUACAGAAUGUCACACGGAAUCUGGUAAUGCUAGGGUGCAUGGACAAGUUCAACAUCAGAAUACAGAUCCAUUGUCUGCUAUGUACAUCUCUGCCGAAAAAGUGAUGCUAGUUGUGUUUGCUCGGGAAAAGACCUCUGCCAACCAUUUUGGCUUUCACAGUCUCAUAAAAACAGUGGAGUCAUCAAAGUAUGUUGCACUGGAGAAAGCUAGCAGAAUAUCAGCCAUCCGGAGACACAGAAGGAACAGGAAUGAGAACCACCAUACGCUGUUAAACAAUGUGCCUUCGAGGCCUGUAGAAAAUGGGAAACCUUUGUGCCGAAGGGUGGAUAUGGUUGUAGACUUUGGUGAAAUUGGAUGGGGAGAUUGGAUUGUCUAUCCCAAGAAGUAUAAUGCCUACAGAUGUGAGGGCGCCUGUCCAAUCCCAUUGAAUGAGACAUUCAAACCAACAAACCAUGCUUACAUGAAGAGUGUGGUGAAGCUGUACCAGCCUGAGAACGUGGAAUGCCCAGCCUGUGUCCCAGUGAGAAUGAGCCCAUUGUCCAUGCUGUAUUAUGAAGGUGGUGAUGUUGUCUUAAGGCAUCAUGAAGAAAUGAUUGUGGAAGAGUGUGGCUGCAGCUAG